AUGUCCCCUCCAGACAUCCCCGCCGAUGUCAUCUACGAAAUUCUGCUCCAAUACAAUGUCCAAAACCUUGGUUUUCUGUGGCUGAAUUGUAGACCGGUCUCGCGCAAUUUCAAAGACGCGGUCGAACGCGUGUUUGUCACCAAGCAUCUGAGAAAGAUUUGGCUUCACGUCGACGCUGAGAGUUUGGAAUGGGCUCUAAGGAACGGUUCUUCCCUCGAGCUGAAUGUGAUUAUCCAGAUCCGUCACGAUGCCAAUGAUACGAUGCUACCAGAUCUUCGGUAUCACUUUGACUCAGACGAGGACGUCGAGUUUGAGGUCAGCUUUGACUGGAAGGGGAUGUACAGCCAUUUCUUCCGAGAGCAGAGGGAGGUGCAGAGGAGGCUCAAUGAACGCUUUCAAAGCAUCAGAGCUGAGGCAGCGCGUGGUUCUAUUUUGAGCGCUUUCCACAGCUUCCGCCGCAUGGCUCUUGGCGUGGAUGAUAGCAGGAUCAGCUGUGCCGUUCGCUCGGAGAGGAUUAGGCGAAACGUGCUGGAGAGCGAGGGUAGGGAGGUGUCUGGGGAUGAUCGUAAAGGGUUCGGAAGACUUGAGAGAAAAAAGGACUUGGUUGCAGUGGAAGACCCUUAUAGUGAUGAGGGUGGUGCAGAUAAGGACGAAGGUGAAGAUGAGGACGAGGACGAGGUGGUUGGAGACGAGGAUGAGGAUGAGGACAGUGAGGCCGACGAGUCUCUAGAGGAAGACGAUGAGGAUGAGGAUGUUGAUGACUGUGACUCCGAUGCUUUCGACUAA